AUGGUACCCUUUAAAGGAACCUCGUUUCAGGUCGUCGGGUCCUUCGAAGCAAUUCGUUGGUACCUGCGCGAGGCCAAGAAGCGAAUCGACCGGAUCCACCCGAGACUCCGCGACAACGCAGGCCUCGUCACCAGGCUCGCCGACUACGAGGAGUCUUGGCAGAAUGGGGCCCGAUAUCUUCUGCAGACCAUGAUGUUGGAUGCCAACAACGACCUCGUUGCCGAGUGCAAAAUUGUCCAGAGGCUAACCCCGGCUCUCCGCAGCAUGUGCGCCGGCUACGACGUGGAGCUCUUUUUUGUGCUUCCGAGGAUCGUUCUCCUCUGCUGCCUGGAGAAGCCCGACGACCCACGAGUGGGUCUGCUGAAAGAUCUGCUGCCACACCAUUUUGACAGCUACGGAAAGAAGAAAAGCGUAAGGCACUGGCAGCCGGGACCUGGACUCAAGAAGCUGCUCACGCAGUACCAGGAGGUGCGCAAUCAGCUGAUUGUCUCCGGCGACGCCGCGCCGCAGGUCACGUUUCUUCGGAAAGCAGUCGGUGGCUUCAUCGGCGCAGCCGGUGCGGAGUGUCCCCAGGAGGACGAUGGCCUGCGGCACCUUCCCCCCAGUGUCCGAGAUCAGGUGGAGGCGUUGAUGCGAGAGGUCGAGGGAUGGAGUCUGGAGCUGCAACGCCACAAUGCGCAGGCCUGGAAUCAGUGCGGCUCAGUCUUAGUCCAGUCCCUCAACGGGACUCUGCAGAGGCAACUGCUGCUACCUCCGACGUUCCGGGUGUGA